AUGCCACCUCCGACACUCGUACUGCCCAAGUCCGACACCCAACCCCCACAACCACCACAUGCUGGCCAUGCUGGCCAUCCUACCGGUCCCUUGCCCGACCUGCCACACGAGCUGUUGAUCGCUCUGGGCCAGGCGAUCGACCGUGACGCGCUCGACUCGUUCGUGCUCAGUAGCAGUAACAGUAGCAGCAGCAGCAGUCGGUCAGGCGCAUCGGGCACAGCGGCCAACGGUGGUGGAGGGCCAUUGCGUGUCGAAGAACUGCUCAACGAGCUGAUCCCAGAUGGUCAGUCACGCGUGCUCGUUCACAAACCAGAGCGCUCGUCCUGACCCCGCGACCUCGUCUUGACCCCGCGGCGACCUCGUCGGACGACCCAGAACAAGCGAUCGCUCAAACACCGCUCGUGUCGCUGCUCUUGCGAGCCAAGGUACAAGACCUGCGCAUCGAGAUACAGGGCUUGACCCUCCUACUCGAACAAGAUCAAUCACCGGACAACAUGACCCUCAUACAGGAACUCAUAGGCGUUGAGUCCGCCGGCACUUGGGAGAUUUCUUCCCUUCCCCCCCCACCCCACUCACUCUGCCCCUCGCCCCCACAGGAACUGCUCAGUCAGGUCACCGCCAUCAGGGACGCCGCAACGGAGAGUGAAAUGGUCGUCAGGGAGAUUACCAGGGACAUCCAAUCGCUCGACUUGGCCAAACGCAACCUCGUUGCUUCCAUCACCGCUCUCAAGCGAUUCCAAAUGCUAGGUCCGUUCGGCCAACACGUGCAUAGAUCAAGUCACCCGUGGAAAGCUGAUCUUUUCGGUCAAAAUCCGAGACAGUCAACGCUUUCGAUCAACUCAAUCGACUGGCCAAAUCGCGACGAUAUAGAGAGACCGCACAGGCCUUGGGCGCGGUCAAGCAGCUUUCGUCCUACUUCAAGACCUACGGCUCGGUCGAUCGAGUCGCCGCCGUCAGUCGGGGCGUCGUCGAUGUGCAAGGCGUACUGAGAACGCAGGUAAUGAGGGACUUUGAAGAAGCGUGAGUGAAAUUUUUAUCAGAUCACGUCCAAAACGUACUCACAGUAUCUGGAGGGCCAACUUCACAGAUUAGCGAGCGAGGCAUCGAGGGUCGGCAAGAAUGGCCAACUCGCCGAUGCGUGUCUCGUCAUCGAUGCGCUGGGGGAAGAAGCCAAGUAGGUCCUGCCUUUGUUCAGCCUAUUUUUCCGAGAACUAUUGAUCCGAUGUGCAUUCUCCCAAACAGGAACGGUCUGUUCAGUUGGUACACCGUCCUCCUCCUGCGCGACUACCGCAAGGUCUUCGGAUCCAACUCUGAAGCCGGCCAACUCGACAACAUCUCGAGGAGGUUCGCAUGGUUCAGGAGGAUACUCAAGACCCACGAGGACGAGAAUGGGACCAUCUUCCCUUCAGUCUGGAGUGUCGGGGCCGUUUUGGCCGGGGGAUUCAGCGAAGUGACAAGGUGCGCUCGAAUCUGUUCCUGUGACGGGUGUCAGCCGACUGCAGCUGAUUGGCGCGCUCGAUUCGAUCGCCCACAGAGACGACCUCAAGAGCGUCCUCCAGAAAGCCGCCCCAGGUCUCCAAGUUGGCCUCUUGCUCGAAGCCUUGGGACAAACUGUCGAGUUCGAGCGCGAACUGUCGCGCACAUUCACGCUCCCCUUCGACUACAUCGCCUCGCUCUCGGCCGUACGCUCGGGUCGAUCAGGCCCCACGGCACCCAUCUCGGCCGUGUUCGAACCAUAUCUUGGCAUCUUUGUCGACGCCCAGGACAAAACCUUGUCGGAGAUGAUGGGCGCCUUCACCUCGUCCCGCGUGUCCAUCUCGCCCUCUGACAACCCAUCCGCAGUGUUGCCCUCUUCGACCGAGCUAUUCUACUUCUACCGAGAGGCGUUGGAGCGGUGCGCCAAGUUGAGCGUCAAGCAACCCUUGUUGGAUUUGUGCAAGGUCUAUCGCAAGUGGCUCAAGGUGUAUGCCGAGGACGUAUUAGCAGGGGCUUUGGUCAAGUGAGUGGAAUGUAUCCGGGGACGACUCGCACAGUCUGAGUGGGGAGGCUCACGACUAGUCUUCCUCAUUUUCUUAUCCCACAGAACCGAUCGAAGAUCAGUAGAAGGGCGAGGUCCCUCCUUGCACGAGCUCCAAACGGCCUGCCUGGUCCUCAACACCGCCGAAUACUGUCUCGAAACCGCAUCCCAACUCGAAGAACGCCUCAUCGAGAAGAUCGACGCUGAUUUCAAGGCCCAAGUCAGCCUCGAACGAGAGAAGGACCUCUUCGUCCAAACCACCUCGGCGAGUUUGUUGGCCAUUUUGAAAGAGUUGGAAAUGAGUUUGGAGGGACCGUUCAAUUUGAUGUUGAGGAGUCCUUGGAGGGAUGUCGAGUAUGUUUCGAAUGAGAGUCCGUAUGUAGCGGAUUUGGUCAGGUGCGUCGAGACGGUCGUUACUGUCGUUAGGGAUGGGGUCGAGCAGAAGAAAUUUGUCAGGAGCGUGUGCGAUAAGAUUGUUGGGUGAGUUUUUUGAGGACUUUCAUUGGGUCUGGAGGAAAACCUCGCUGACUACGGGUGCUGCUUGUGCGCAGACUCGUGUUGGCCAAGUUCACGCAGACGAUCGUCCGGUGUCGACCGAUUGCUCAGAUCGGGGCAGAGCAGGUGCGUUUGUGUUGGAUCACGGUAAGCAUGGUUCAAGUUGGUAGCUGACUCUCCCGUGACUCUGAUGCAGAUCCUGCUGGAUCUACAAUCCCUCAAGACGUGCUUGCUCCAUUUGGUCCUUCCUCCUGGCGAUACCUCAGCCGUGCCCAUGUCGUACGUACGAUCACGGCGUACGAACUGGGCUCUGCACUCACCAUCUCUUCUUACGAUCUCUCAGAUAUUCACGCUACGUCUCUCGAAGCGUCACCAAGAUCGACACGUUGCUCAAAGUCAUCAUGACGCCUGAAGAGCCCGCCGAAGAAUUCGUCAAGAAUUACCUCGUGUUGGUGCCAUGUCAAUCGUUCAGCGAUUUCCAAAAAGUCUUGGACCUGAAGGUGGGUGCACAACUCAGGAUGAUCUAGCGUAUAGUACUGGGCGCUGAUUGCUUAAUGUUUUGGCGGAGUCUCAGGGAGUUCGUCGAGCCGAACAAAACAACCUGCUCGACAUCUUCCUCGCUCGAACUUCCACCGCAGCGGGUUUGGACGACACGUCCUUCCUCACCUCGCUCGAUAUGGACCCGAACGCGGCGAUCAACUCGUUCCAAUCUCCUUCUGGGUCGGGAGUUAGCUCGCCUUUACUCGCUUCGUCGAAUACGAACUCGAAUGCUCUAGGUGGUAGUAUGGGCGGAGGAGGUGGCUUCCUCAGCUUGGGAGCCAGUCCUUUAGGCGGCUCAGGAGGCGGCUCAGGAGGAAGUCGAGAAGGUAGUCGGACGUCGACGCCCAUCGGUGGAUUCGGACGUGCCGGGUCCUUGAACGGACCUAGUGGUGGUGGUGGACAAGGUCAGUCCGGUCCGGGUGGGGGUAGUGAGGGUGGGCAUGGGCAUGGUGGGAAGGAGGCGUUGGCGGAGUUUAGGAAGUUUGGGCAGAGGAUCGGGAUGGCGUCGAGAUUGUUUAGUGGGAGGGAAGGGGCGCAUUAG